AUGAGCUCCACCCUCGCCAACCAACCUCUCUCCAAACUCCUCUCCUCCCUCCGCCUCUCCACAACCACCUCCUCCACCUUUCUCGGCCCCCAAACCUCCCUCGCCCUCCGCCGCUCCCACCAAACCACCGCCCGCACGAAGCGCGCCCUCCGCAUCCGCCCACAUCCCUCCCACGUCCUCCGAACCGCCGACGCCCCCGCCACCGCCACCACCACCACCACCAGCUCUUCUUCUUCCUCCUCCGGCUCCUCCUCGGCCCUCGACGAAGUCCUCCUCUUCCACGGCACCGACGGCUCGUCUUCCUCCGCCUACGUCCCGCCCGCCCUCCGCCCCGUCGCCGAGAAAAAGUACCACCUCUCCAAGGACGACGUCACCGAGAUUCGCCGCCGCCGCUGGGAGGAUCCCGAAACCGCCACCAUCCGCAACCUCGCCAAGGAGUUUGACUGCUCCAUGAAGUUUGUCCAGAUCGCCACCCAGGUCCCCGAGUCCUACAAGGAGAAGCUCGCCGACGGCACCCGCCGCAUGAAGGCGACUUGGGGUCCCAGGAAGCUCAAGGCCAGGGAGGACAGGAAGGUCCGGAAGCAGAUGCUCUUCCACGGCGAAUUAUAA